AUGGAAGCGCGUGCAGAAGAUCAAAUCACUGGGACCAAGGUGCUGCUGCUGCCUAGCCUAUGCUUGGCUCAUCAGCAUCCUGACAAAGCAAUGGCUUGUCCUCUUUUGCGUGUUCGAAACACACGCGCUCACUCGCGUGAACACUGCGAAAUGGUCAGAGUCGAACAUAGACAUUCUAUUCCAUGGCAUUGCAGUUUGUGUCCCUGUCUUUGUGGCACCAACACUGUUAACUUCAAGAUUGCUAAAAUCUCUGUGCUUUGA